AUGCCGUUGCUGCAGUUUAUAUCGGUAAUAGCAAUACUUAGAUCGUCUUUCGAUCCAGUGUUUAAGGCCGCUGACGCUUGGGCCACUGCGUCAACGCGCCGAGGACUUCUCGCAACGAGUCGCGACUUUGGCUGCAUUCGAACUGCUCGAGAAGACUUCAUCUUCCUCAACAUCGGUCGCCACGUCGCACAACCACUGCUCCACAGACCGUUCUCGUUCGGAAGCAGCCUUCACAAUACAGUACACAUCAGCAAUACGCCAACGACCACAUCUUUCGCGCCGCGCACAGGAAGUUUGAUCCGUCUCUCCACCGCCCGCGCCGCCGCCUUAGUCAUUUGCAAGCCUACGAUCGAAGCAUUACUUCCCCCAGUGGUGUUGACGAAGAGAGCUCUGUGCGAUCAACCUAAAGCGCUGUCUUUGCUUUUGAAUCAACUCGAGUCGCUGCAGUGCUUUGUUCUCGACAACAAGGAGCAUCUCCACCUCGAAAUGGCCACCGACUCCAAGAAGUACGGCUGCUCCUACUGCGACUUCGAAUCCAACAACUUCACCAAAGCAAAACACCACAUCUACCAUUCGAACAAGUCUGGUGGCCGCUUCAUCUGCUCUUGCGAAGAGUUCAAGGCUUGCUUCUUCGAGCAGCUGACGGGUGAACACGGCCACUUCUCCGAGUGCGAUGCGUAUGCCUGGGAGUCUCGCACCCUUGGCAUCAGCCUCGACAAUUCAGACCAGUUGAAAGAGACAUGCGACUUCAGCAAGAGGAGGCCACGCGAGGACGCGACUUUGUUAGCGCUCUUUGGCAGGGAGGAAGAAGAUGAGGGCGGUCAGAGCGGCGAGGAUGCGGACGAUGAGAUGAGUGCUUCCGGAGAAGAUGAGCAAGCAGUAGAUGAGCAUUCCAGCAGCGGAUCUGAUGAUGAGGUCUCGAUUCGCUCUGAUUCUGAGGUGGGCUGUGAGGGCGUGGACACAUAA